AUCCUCAAUUGCAAUAUAUCCUUGAUCUUCUUAGCUUCUUUCAACCAUUUCUCCAUUUUUCUUUCAAAUGGCUCAGUCCUAUUCAACUGUAAAAUUUUCUUCCAUAUUUUCUAUCAUUCUCUACUCAUUAUUAGUGCUACUAAUUGCUGGCACGGCCACAACAGAAGCAACAGGUGUAUGCUAUGGAAACAUGGGAAGCAACUUGCCAUCGGCACAAGAAGUGGUUGCACUCUACAAACAAUAUAACAUUCCAAGGAUGCGAAUCUACGCUCCAGACCAGAAUGUUCUAGAAGCCCUUCGCGGCUCCAACAUCGAGCUCUUCAUGGACAUUCCAAAGGAAAAUCUAGCACCCUUAGCAGCCACCCAGGACAACGCCAACCAAUGGGUCCAGCAAUACGUAAGAAACUAUGGAAAUGUGAGGUUCAGAUACAUCUCCGUUGGAAACGAAGUCAAACCAAAUGAAAUUUAUGCGCAGUAUGUGGUGCCCGCCAUGAACAACAUCCAGAAUGCUCUAAAUGCUGCUGGACUUGGUAACCAGAUCAAGGUUUCCAACACCAUUGAGACCGGUGCUUUAGGACAAUCCUACCCUCCAUCGCAGGGUUCCUUUAAUGCUAAUUACAGAGCCGCAUAUCUUGAUGGUGUUAUAAGGUUCUUGGUGAAUAACCGAUCACCGUUGCUUGUGAAUGUGUACCCUUACUUUAGCUACUUCUUCAACCAAAGAGACAUUCGUCUAGACUACGCACUUUUCACCGCUCCUUCUGCUUUGGUCACCGAUGGCUCCCUACAUUACCAGAACCUCUUCGAUGCAAUCGUCGACGCCACGUAUUCCGCGUUGGAGAAAGCCGGCGGAGGCUCCCUGGAGAUAGUUGUGGCGGAAACUGGAUGGCCCUCCGACGGCGGUGUGGCCACUUCACUGGACAACGCAAGGACUUAUAACACCAAGUUGGUUGAGCAUGUGAAGCUUGGGACUCCAAAGAGGCCUGGCAGACCCAUUGAGACCUAUGUUUUUGCCAUGUUUGAUGAGAAUAAUAAGAACCAGUCACCGCCGCCAUAUACUUAUGAGAAAUUUUGGGGGCUCUUCCUUCCAAAUAAACAGCCCAAGUACCCUAUUAAUCUCAAUUAGUAGUCGAACUUAUAUAUACAUUUAGUAAUAAAUAAGAUCCAGAAUAAUAAUAGUUAAUCGAAAGUCAUUAGACGAUAAUUUAAUCAAACUUAUCAACUUCACUUGAAGUUAACACUUGAGUUUCUGUAAUAAGAUUCAUGAUUCCAGAAAAAGUAAUAUCAUAUACUCCAUGAUAAUAAAAAUGUUUUGCAUCUAA